GCUCCACUUGGCUUUGCUGUCGCUGACUCUGCUGCUGAGCCUCGACAAUGCAAACCUUGGGACGCUUGGCCUGCUCUCCUCGGCUCCGUGGUCCCUUGGCACCGCCCUUGGCGUCCUUGGCGCUUUUGCCGCGGCGCCGCCGCAAGACUUGGCCGGACUGGGCGAUGGCCCGGCAGCUUCCCGGGCGAGCGUGGGGGCGCUGGCGCUGGCACUGCCGGC